AUGGCACCCAACAACGGCCAAAAGGGAUCCAAGUUCUCCCAUCUGCCUCUUAGUACCAGCGGCCCAAUACACUGUGCCGUCACGGGCAGCGCCUUGCUUAACACGCCCUAUCUCAAUAAAGGCACCGCCUUUCCAGAAGACGAACGCCGAGAGUUCAACCUCACCGGGCUGUUACCUCAGAGCAUUCAUACUCUGGAUCAGCAGUUGAAGAGGGCGUAUCAGCAGUAUUCCACGCGACAGGAUGAUCUGGCCAAGAAUACCUUCUUGACGUCGUUGAAGGAGCAGAAUGAAGUGCUCUAUUACAAGUUAUUGCAAGUGCAUCUGCCGGAGAUGUUCAGCGUGGUGUAUACUCCCACCGAAGGAGAUGCCAUCCAGAACUUCUCGCGGCUUUUCAGGCGGCCUGAUGGCUGUUUCCUGAACAUCAACGAUAUAGAUCGGGUCUACCACGACCUUGCGCAGUGGGGAACACCCGAUGAUAUCGACUACAUCGUCGUCACAGACGGAGAAGAGAUCUUGGGAAUAGGAGACCAGGGAGUCGGCGGCGUGCUCAUCUCAGUCGCCAAGCUCGUCCUUACAACUCUCUGUGCGGGCGUGCACCCGAAUCGCACACUCCCGGUAGUCCUAGACUGCGGCACCAACAACGAGGAGCUGCUAAACGACGAUCUCUACUUGGGUCUGCGGCAGAAACGUGUCAGGGGACAUCGAUAUGACCGGUUCGUCGACGAGUUCGUCACGGCCGCCAGGCGGCUGUAUCCGAGGGCGUAUAUCCACUUUGAAGAUUUCGGGCUCACAAACGCGAGACGAAUUCUGGAGCAAUACCGUCCCCACAUCCCGUGUUUCAACGACGACGUACAGGGAACGGGAUGCGUUACGCUGGCGGCGAUCAUGGCCGCUCUGCACGUGAGCAAGCAGAAACUGUCUGAUCUACGACUCGUCAUAUUUGGCGCCGGAUCCGCGGGCGUUGGAAUCGCCGAUCAGGUUGCGGAUGCGAUUGCAACGGAGGCGGGGAUUAGCAAGGAAGACGCGGCCAAGCAGAUAUGGCUGAUUGACAAGCCCGGCUUGUUGACUACGGAAAGCGAGUUGUCCUCCGCGCAAAAGGGUUUUGCACGAGACGCGGCCGAGUGGAAGGACAAAAGUGGCGACCUGUUGUCCGUUGUCAAAAACGUCAAACCCAAUGUCUUGAUCGGCACAUCGACGAAACCGAAGGCAUUCACCGAGGAAAUCGUCAAGGCGAUGGCCGAGGGAGUUGAGAGGCCCAUCAUCCUCCCCUUAUCCAACCCUACCCGCCUUCACGAGGCUGUUCCGGAAGACAUUUACAAGUGGACGGAGGGCAAAGCGCUCGUUGCUACGGGAUCACCGUUCAAACCCGUCAAAGGCCCUUGGGGUCCUGACGGCAAGGAGAUCGAGAUCGAAGUGGCGGAGUGUAACAACUCCGUCGUCUUCCCCGGCAUCGGACUCGGCUCCGUGUUGUCACGGGCCCGCCUUGUAACCGACAAGAUGCUCGUCGCGGCGGUAGAGGGCGUAGCAUCGCUCAGCCCCGCGCUUAAAGACCAGACGGCACCGUUGCUGCCGGGCGUUGAUGUCGUCAGGGACGUCAGCGUCAGGGUUGCCCGGAACGUGAUCAAAGCCGCCGUGGAGGAGGGCGUCGCGACGGAGGACGGGAUCCCUGACGAUGAUAAUGAGCUGGAUGAGUGGAUCCGUGAGCAGAUGUGGACGCCCGAGUAUCGCAGGCUGGAGCUUGUCAAGUUUGAAGGCGCGAGUAGGGAGGCGAGGGGAGAGAUGAAGGUCGCAGGGAGUCUCAGCAAGGUUGGCAAGUGA